AUGAGAGUCAACAUACUUGAUUGCUAUUGCAAAUUUUCAUCCCCUGACAAUAAUUAUAUAACUUCUUUCUCCCAACAGGAAAGCUACUGCAGCACCCCCGGGUGGGACAACUUCCGCCACAGCUACCAGGCUGUCCAUGGGUGCAUGUCCCUGGUCGUGUGCAUCUUCGGAUCUCUGGCCAACGUCAUCAACAUGAUCGUCCUCACCAGAAGGUCUAUGGUGUCUCCCACCAAUGCCAUCCUCACUGGCCUGGCCGUCACAGACCUCCUGGUCAUGGUGGAGUACAUCCCCUACACGAUGCACCAAUACGUGUGGCAGGGGAGAUCCUUGGAGUCCCAGUACUCCUGGGGCUGGGCAGCUUUCGUGCUCUUCCACGCCCACUUCGCUCAGGUCUUCCACACCAUCUCGAUCAUCUGGCUCACGGUGACCCUGGCCGUGUGGCGGUACAUCGCCAUCGCCUUCCCCCAGAACAACACGACUUGGUGCUCCAUGCAACGCACUCAGAUGGCCAUCGUUGCUGCCUUCUUUUGCUCAGUUAUCUGCAACAUUCCGAAUUAUCUCAACAUCACCAUCAGCGUCCUGAAUCACCAGGGCCACGUGCUCUACAUCAUAGGCUUCAGCGAGCUGGCGAAGGCCCACAACGGCCUUCUUAAGAGCAUCAACUUCUGGAUUUACGCGGUGCUGCUGAAGCUCCUGCCCUGCACGGCUCUGACAGGGCUGUCCAUGGCCUUGAUUCAAGAGCUGCUCAGGGCUGCGCAGAGGAGGGCUGCGCUCAUGAAGAGAACCUCCUCCGGCAGGGGCGGAGACGCGGAGAAGCAGGCGGACCGAGUGACCAAAAUGCUGCUGGCCAUAUUGUUCCUCUUUCUGGCCUCCGAGGUUCCCCAAGGGAUCCUGGGGCUGCUCACGGUCAUUCCAGACUCCGGCUUCUUCCCCUGCUACCAGAAGCUGGGGGAGAUCAUGGACAUGCUGGUGCUAUUCAACAGUGCUAUAAACUUCCUCUUGUAUUGUGCCAUGAGCCAGCAAUUCCGCGACACCUUUACGGAACUUUUCAAGCCCUGCUGCGGACCGCUGGCUUCUGCUCGUAAUCCGAGGUUCUUGCCCCGGGGUGGAAGUCUGUGCAGCUUUCAGACUCACACAGAGAGCAACAACACAUGCAUUACACAUGUGUGA